GUCACGGUUGCAUGCAUCUGUAUGUCUGUUGCUGUGUCCAUUCGUCUGCCCAUCCAUCACCACUGCAGGCCGGCCUUCAUCCGCGCGAGCGUCGCAACCUAACACGCAAACAGAUAUGGCCAUACAUUGUCUGUCUGUCUGUGACUGUGGCAUUUCUGACUCUGCUGAUUGGGUUGGGGCGUGCGAUGAGCGUGUCGGCAGGCGACGCCACGACACACGGGAAGUACGCAUUCUGCCGACCACAUGAGACACACCAGAGUGUCCACUUGUGGUGGUUGAGUGCACGUGUGGCUUACGCAUUCUCCGCUCCAUUUUGUGUAGAGGGCCGCGUUGAAACCGGUGAAAUCCACAACAAACCUGACAGACUCAUAGGGAGACAUCCAUCCAUCCAUUCAUCCAUGGGUUCAUAAAUGACAGAGAGACAGCCGCCUUACCUGCAGUUGCCCGUGUAGUUUGCGGGCGGCUCACAUGCGGUGUGCGAACCCUCGACGGCCACCCAACCACUUGGACACUGACAGACAGACAGACAGACAGACAGACACGUAAUGGAGACAGGGACACGUAAUGACGUGCACGGAGUGACUGCUUGGCGAGUGCAUUACUUGCACUGUGAAGUCCCUUGUGCAGUGUCUGCACGGCCAAACCGCCACGCAGUCUGUCUGCCAUUUGAUCUUGGCGGCUUGGCUCAUGUGUGCGGAGAAGUUGGCGGCGGUGUCGCUGCACGGCCCGUCGUACUCAGUGGAGGCCUGGCAGAGGUGGUAGUCGGCCGACGCUGGUGGGCUGAUGUCGUCGAAUAGCAGGGGGCACGGGGAGCUGUCGUAGUCACGCUCACACGCAUCCACACGCAGCAACAACGACUGAUCGAUGGAUGGAUGGAUAGAUCGAUGCAGAGACACACACAGAGACUCAGAGACACGGGCAGACGAGAUGCGUGUCUCUUUCUGGCUGGCUGACUGACGCACAGGGUCGAAUGGGGUUGCGACGCCGCUUGUGAUUCUGUCUGCGAUGGCCACAUUGGCGGGCGGCACCUCUUCACUGAUGGCCUUCAUCAACAUGUCUGUCCAUACACAUGACAUACGCCACACGUGUGUGUCUCCGUCCGUCUAUCUCUUGACCAACCAGGUGCUGAUGGUGGGGGUGCCGUCCAUUAAUGAGAGGACUGGCAUGCAUGCUUGUCUCACGUUGCUCGAUGCCUGAAUGAGAGGCAUCCACACACACAAACGAGUGUUCUGUUUUCGGUGAGCAAAGAAAUGUGCUUUUACGUGACGAUCUGUGAGACUGAAGACAAAAUGUUUGUGAGUCAAAGAUCCACAGGCACGGACCAUACCAGUUUGCUGUGCGGACGACUGACCGAUUGAGAAAAAAUAGACAGUGACUGCGUCUGAACGCCUGGCCUCAUUCCAUGCACCGAAGUCCAUGGCCAUUUGGGCACCGCACCCCACCGCACCCGGCCGGGCACUCACUCCUCACUCACACAAACGAGACGCCCUGACUUAGCAAGGCAUGGCUUAAUGAACUUCGACUUAAUGCACAAUGCACCGCACACACCACCAACAAAUACACAGC